AUGGGGAAAAAGAUUCGACAUGUCCCACGACAAGUGCAAAAUAAGGAUGACCAUAAUUUCGAGGAUUGGAUUAGUCUGUUACCCGAUGAAGUUCUCAUUCUUAUACUAUCCUUAUUGAGUGUCAAGGAAGCAGCAGUUACCAGUAUCCUUUCAAGGAGAUGGAGAUACGUCUGGGAAUCUAUCACACGUCUCGACUUUGAUGCUAAGGAAGCAUUAGUAAAGAUUGACAGGAAUCAUAAUGAUAGGGAUUUUCUUGAGAUUGAAAGGCGUAAAUACGUCAAUUGGGUGAAUCAAGUUGUUCGAUUGCACAAGGGUCAAACCAUUGAAGAAUUCAGGGUUUCUUUUGAUUUGGGCAACAGUUCCAAAUGGGAUAUUGAUAAGUGGCUUAAGUUUGUAUUAACGAGGAGGGUUUACCAGCUUUCGCUAGACUUGUCAAUGGAUGCUGAUCGUCGAGGCAUACGCCAUUUUGAAAAGCCUUAUACUUUUUCAGCUGACAUAUUGAAUGAGAUUAAAGCGACUUCUUUUGAAAACUUGUCUUCAAAAUAUUCCAUUAUGCGCCAUUGCUCAUUUAUGGGCUUUAGAUGUCUUAAAGCGCUCUGUUUCAGAUGUGUGAAUGUAAGUGGAGACGUUCUCGAGUGCUUUUUAUCGGACUGCCCAGUUCUUGAGCGAUUAUAUGUCCGUAGUUCGCCAAAACUGGAUGACCAUAAUUUCGAGGAUUGGAUUAGUCUGUUACCCGAUGAAGUUCUCAUUCUUAUACUAUCCUUAUUGAGUGUCAAGGAAGCAGCAGUUACCAGUAUCCUUUCAAGGAGAUGGAGAUACGUCUGGGAAUCUAUCACACGUCUCGACUUUGAUGCUAAGGAAGCAUUAGUAAAGAUUGACAGGAAUCAUAAUGAUAGGGAUUUUCUUGAGAUUGAAAGGCGUAAAUACGUCAAUUGGGUGAAUCAAGUUGUUCGAUUGCACAAGGGUCAAACCAUUGAAGAAUUCAGGGUUUCUUUUGAUUUGGGCAACAGUUCCAAAUGGGAUAUUGAUAAGUGGCUUAAGUUUGUAUUAACGAGGAGGGUUUACCAGCUUUCGCUAGACUUGUCAAUGGAUGCUGAUCGUCGAGGCAUACGCCAUUUUGAAAAGCCUUAUACUUUUUCAGCUGACAUAUUGAAUGAGAUUAAAGCGACUUCUUUUGAAAACUUGUCUUCAAAAUAUUCCAUUAUGCGCCAUUGCUCAUUUAUGGGCUUUAGAUGUCUUAAAGCGCUCUGUUUCAGAUGUGUGAAUGUAAGUGGAGACGUUCUCGAGUGCUUUUUAUCGGACUGCCCAGUUCUUGAGCGAUUAUAUGUCCGUAGUUCGCCAAAACUGGUACAUUUCAAAGUUGCUGGGAGUGGGCCACCUCUUGUGUUGAAGUACUUGGAAAUAUGCUGCUGCCUAAACAUCAAGUCCAUGGUGAUCAGCAAUGUGAAUCUUGUUGCUUUGAUAUAUAAGGGACAUAAAAUAAGGUUGCUUCUCGAGAAUGUUCCCCUUCUUGUUGAGUUAUCUAUUAGUGGGUUGGUUUCUAAUUCCUUGAAUAAGUUUUUCCCUCGGCUGUCAUGCUGCCUUUCUCAGCUACAGACUUUAAAAUUGAAUGCCCCUAUGUAUGAGGAAUUUUCAGGGUUUCUCAUGUCUCGUGAGUUGAGUAGUCUCAAAACGUUUGUAUUGCAUUCUAUGGCUCUUGAUGAUCGUUGCCUGCUUGGAUAUGCUUCACUGAUAAAGGCAUCUCCAAUCUUGAAGAAAUUUGUGUUACAGGUGAUAUUUUUGCUUCACAUAAUAUCCUUAAACUUCAUUUCAACUGUGUACUCUUCAUCAUAGAACAAAAUGCAUGAAAAUCUUAUAUUAUGCAUUAAUUGCAUUUGACCAUAGACCAAUAGUUCCUGGUUUUUUCCUCCAAAAAAUGUCAAGAUAGGAGGGAUUUCAAGGUCUUGCAAGUGUUAUCUACCCCCAAAUGAGCGAAUUAUCUGCAUCUCAAUGUAUGUUCAUGGAAACAGGUGCAUGGUGUGACAUAUAUCAUAUUCAAACCACUGCUUACCUACAUGUACAUUUUACCCCGGAGUGGCUCCACAGUAUAUGUUAUUCGUAGACAUUCCCUAAUUGCGCUCUCUCUCUAGCUUAUGGUCUGGCUAGGCUUUUUCCAAACUGAACAUCAAUUAUUUGAUUUGGUGAUUUUUUUAUUGAUUUGUUUCCAAGCAUAAAUGCUUUUAAAGAUAGUGUUAUACCACUAUGGAGAUGAUCUUGUUUCUCGUCACCCGUAAUC